AAUAAAUGCAAACCAUGAAUUAUAAUUCAUAAACAAACAAUUUCCCUGAAUUUUUUUUUCUAUACUGCUAUUCCUGCUGUUCUAAUAUUGUUUCCUUUAGAAAAACAACAUGGCUGGCAGUACUAGUACACAGAGCACAAGCUCAUCUGUGUCGGCUUUUAUAUCGACUUUGAUCCCAAAUUUGAUCAUUUUUGCCGUGUUCUUGCUCAUCUUCAUCCUUUUGAGAAAGAAACAAUCCAGAGUUUAUGAACCUAGAACUACCGUUAGCACUGUGUCUCCAAACUUAAAACCCGAUGAAGCUCCAAGAGGAUUGUUCAGUUGGUUGUCUCAUAUUUUGGGUAAGCCUGAAUCAUUUAUCAUUCAACAAGCAGGGGUUGAUGGGUACUUUUUUGUUCGGUUCUUGUUUGGAUUCGCCUCAAUUUGCUUCUUAGGCUGCUGUAUUUUAUGGCCUAUCUUGUUCCCAGUCAAUGCUACCCACGGAAAGGGUAGAUCUGGAUUUGAUAUAUUGUCUUACUCUAAUGUUGGAAACAAGUGGAAGGUUUUUGCACAUGUUUUUUUGAGUUGGAUAUACUUUGGAUGUGUCCUUUUCUUUAUGUACAGAGAAUUCGUCUACUAUACCACUUUCAGACACGUUUUGCAAACCACCCCUUAUUAUGGUUCGUUAUUAUCUACUAGAACUUUGUUAUUGACUGAAAUACCUGAGAUAUUGACUGAGGAGGCUGAAUUGAGAACUUACUUUCCUACUGCUACCAAUAUUUGGUAUGGUAGAGAUAUGAAGGAAUUACAAAAGAAGGUCAAGGAAAGAACCAAAUUAGCUAAGAAGUACGAGGGUGCUUUAAACAAAGUUGUAAGCAAAGCUGUUAAAUUGAGAUUGAAGCUUCAAAAGAAGAACAAGCCCGUGCCAGAGCCUGCAGAUGAUUUGAACAAGUACUUGAAGGAUGGUAAGAAGAGACCAACCCAUAAAUUGAAGUUUUUGAUUGGUGAAAAGGUUGAUACUUUGAACUAUGGUGCUGAAAAGUUGGGUGAGUUGAACAAGGAAAUCAAGAAGGAUCAAUUGGAGUCUCAAAGUAACACUCAAUUACCUUCUGUUUUCCUCGAAUUUCCCACUCAAUUGGAAUUGCAAAAGGCUUACCAAGCCAUUCCUUACAAUCCAGAUUUAAAGGGGACUAAAAGAUUCAGUGGCAUUGCUCCAGAUGACAUUAUUUGGGAAAAUUUGGAUUUGACUCUUUGGAAGAGAAAAUUAAAGAAGUUCAUUGCCUCUACUGUUUUAACUUUGAUGAUAAUUUUUUGGGCAAUUCCUGUGGCUGUUGUGGGUGCCAUUUCGAAUAUCAACAACUUGACUGAUAAGGUUCAUUUCUUGAGGUUUAUUAACAACAUGCCACCCAAAUUGAUGGGUAUUAUCACUGGUCUUUUACCCGUUGUUGCUUUGGCCGUUUUGAUGUCUUUAGUUCCACCUUUCAUUAAGAAGAUGGGUAAGAUUUCUGGAUGUAUUACUAUCCAAGAGGUAGAAGGUUAUUGUCAAGCCUGGUUCUACGCUUUCCAGGUUGUUCAUGUCUUCUUAGUUACAACUGUAGCCUCAGCAGCUGCUUCCACCGUUACUUCUAUUGUUUCUAAUCCAAAACUGGCUAUGGACUUAUUAGGUCAAAAGAUUCCCCCAGCUUCAAACUUUUAUAUUGCUUACUUUUGUUUGCAAGGUCUUGGUAUUUCCUCAGGUUUGAUGGCUCAAGUUGUUGCUUUGAUUUUGGCUCAAUUUUUGGGUAAGAUUUUAGAUUCUACUCCAAGAGCUAAAUGGAACAGAUGGAACACAUUGGGUCAACCAGGAUGGUCUGUUAUUUAUCCAACAUACCAGUUGUUGGGAUCCAUUGGAAUUAUUUAUGCUAUCAUUGCUCCUUUGGUGUUGGGAUUUGCUUUCCUCACGUUUGUGUUCAUCUACGCUGCUUACCUUUACAUGUUGACUUAUGUUAUGACACCUAACAUUCAUGAUGCUAGAGGUAGAAAUUACCCAAGGGCUUUGUUGCAAUUGUUUGUUGGUCUUUACUUGGCUGAAAUUUGUUUAAUUGCUUUGUUUGUCUUCCAAAAGAACUGGGCAUGUGUUGCUUUAGAGUCUGUUGCUGUUGCUGCAUCCGCUGCUACUCACAUUUACUUGAAAUGGAAAUUUUUGCCGUUGUUUGAUACUGUUCCAAUCUCUGCCAUCAAAUAUGCUAAGGGUGAUACAACCUACCAAUAUCCUAUGUAUGACCAAGGUACUAAGGAGAUUAAGGUUGAAGGUGAAAACUACUGGCAAGGAGGUAAUCAGUUGGGAUUGGUAGAUGGAGAUUCCAGUUCGGAUAAACCUCAAACUGGUGCUGGUGCUGCUUCUACUUUACCAGAAUCCGACUAUUCUGCUAAAAACGAAGAAGAGAACUACGGAUCUUUCAAGAAAGACUUGGAGGCUAAACCUGAAGAGAAUGUUUUAGGGAAAGUAAAUCCAGCUAAAGGUGUUUCAUGGCUCAAGAGAUUUUUCCAACCAAAGACAGAGACUUUUGACCUUAUUAGAGGUAUCAUACCAGAUGCUUACUUCAACUAUGUGACUUACAAUGAUGACUUUAUUAAACAUGCCUACGAUGACCCAAGCGUUCAAGAUGACGAACCUCACAUUUGGGUUGCUAGAGAUGAUUUAGGAUUGUCUGAGAUUGAGAAGAACAAAGCUUUGGAGCAUGGUGUGGAUGUGAGUGACGAAAACACUACCUUUGAUGCGAAGGGAAAGAUCUCAUACACCGGUCCACCACCUUCAUAUGAGGAAGCGAUCAAAGUCUAGAUAUUUCUAAUAAUCCUACUUAAUUUUUAGUGCUUUUGUAUUUCAAAUGAAUGAUGUAAUAUUAAGA